AUGGCAUCCUCACUUCGAGCUUUGCGCCCCGCGCUUUCAACUUUGUCCCGAGCUUCGAGGACGACUGCUCUUCGUCAAUUUUCGCCGGCAGUUACAUUGAACGCAGGCAGACAGAUUCGAACGUUCACCGACGAUGUCCACAACACCCCAGUUUUCCAUCUUACCGAAGAAGAGAACAUGCUCAAAGAAGUUGUUUCGAAGUUCUCCAAUGACGUGAUUCUGCCUAAAGUUAGGGAUAUGGAUGAGGCCGAGACCUUGGACAAGAGUGUUCUUGAGGGCUUGUUCGAGCAAGGUCUCAUGGGUAUCGAAAUCGAGGAGGAAUAUGGUGGCAGUGGUAUGAGCUUUACGGCCGCCAUUGUUGCUAUCGAGGAACUGGCACGAAUUGAUCCAAGUGUAUCAGUUCUUUGCGACGUUCACAACACCCUCGUAGCCCAGGCGUUCAGGAAAUGGGGUAGCAAGGCCCUCAAGGAGAAGUACCUCCCACGUCUUGCCACCGAGAGCUGUGGAUCGUUCUGCCUCUCUGAGCCUGCCUCCGGUUCCGAUGCCUUCGCUCUCCAAACCAAGGCCGUCAAGAAGGGCGACGGCUAUGUCCUCAACGGAUCCAAGAUGUGGAUCACCAACGCCAUGGAAUCCGAAAUCUUCAUCAUUUUCGCCAACAUCAACCCGGACGCAGGCUACAAGGGUAUCACCGCCUUCGUCGCCGAGAAGAACUUCCCAGGUUUCUCGAUAGCUAAGAAGGAAAAGAAAUUGGGUAUCAGGGCCAGCUCCACAUGCGUCUUGAACUUCGACGACCUAUACAUUCCAAAGGAGAAUAUUUUGGGUGAGGAAGGUCAAGGUUACAAGUAUGCUAUCGGAAUAUUGAAUGAAGGUAGAAUUGGUAUCGGUGCUCAGAUGACCGGAUUGGCUCUUGGAGCUUGGGAAAAUGCAGUCAAAUACUGUUGGAAUGAUAGAAAGCAAUUUGGAAAGUUGAUCGGUGAGAACCAGGGCUUGAGGUUCCAGAUCGCACAGGCCAGGUUGGAGAUUGAAGCGGCCAGAGCGUUGGUUUACAAUGCUGCUCGGACAAAGGCCGCUGGAGCAAACUUUGUGAUGGAGGCGGCUAUGGCGAAGUUGUAUGCAUCGCAAGUUGCAGGCAAGGUUUCCGGGCAAGCCGUCGAAUGGAUGGGUGGUAUGGGAUUUGUUAGAGAAGGGUUAGCAGAGAAGUUCUGGAGGGACAGUAAGAUCGGUGCCAUCUAUGAAGGAACAAGCAACAUCCAACUGGAGACGAUAUCCAAGAUCCUGCAAAAGCAGUAUACUAACUAG